GUUCGCCUUGAUUGGACACCCAUUCCCUCGCAAUUAGUCUUCCAUUCACCGGCUGGAAGCGGUUCACUGAUUUAUUUAAUAUCGCUGCUGCGGUUAUAUAUAGAUGCAUAUGCCCAUCCAUCGCCAUCGCCUGAUCGGAUCGGCGGACCCGUGCCAAGUCAGGCGACUCGUUGCCGCUUCCUAUUUGUUUGCGCCUCAAUUUGAGGCAAUUGAAAAUGAGCAAUGAAUCCGGGCCUGAGACUGCGACCAAGUCGUGUGCCUCGCCAGCCUCCGGACUCAAUUGUAUUGAUUCGCCACCAGUUGCCGCCAAUUUAUUCUGAUCGCCGCUAGUGCGCAUUUAGCGGACAUCUCUCCCUUAGAUUUUCAGACUUAGACUCAGACUCGAUCCUCGACAGAGUAGGUCUAGCGUUCUAUGCCGGCACCGUCUCAAUUUAUAUUUUCAGUUGUCCGGAUAAAAACCCGUCGAGCGGACCACUUGUGUUGUACUUAAAGACGUGAAUAUAUAAAUAUAUUUUUUUUUUGUAAGAAAUGGACAAAAUGCCCGAGGAGGACGAGGUAUCCCCAGUGUCGACGGCUCCUGCAACGCCCACAACUCCGCUCGAGUUUAAGAUGCUGCCGCUUUUUAUGGAUUUUGAGGAUUUCAAUAUUUGCCAGCCAGCUCCGUUUUCAUACGAUGACAAGGCCAUGUUGGAGCUGGAGAGGAUUGACUACACGCAGAGGAUCACCUAUCAGAUGGCCAGGGCUGGGAAAACGACUCGUAGGGUGCGGGUGUAUGCCGAUGGCAUCUACGAUCUGUUCCACCAGGGCCAUGCCCGCCAAUUAAUGCAGGCCAAGAACAUUUUUCCCAACGUAUACCUCAUCGUGGGCGUGUGCAAUGAUGAACUGACCCUCCGGAUGAAGGGACGCACCGUGAUGAACGGAUUCGAGCGGUACGAGGCGGUGCGCCACUGUCGCUAUGUGGAUGAGAUCGUACCGAAUGCUCCUUGGACGCUGAAUGAUGAAUUCCUUAAUGAGCACAAGAUAGAUUUUGUGGCCCACGACGACAUACCCUAUGGAGCUGGCGGAGUCGACGACAUAUAUGCUCCUCUCAAGGCGCGUGGCAUGUUCGUGGCCACGGAGCGCACAGAGGGUGUGUCCACCUCGGACAUUGUGGCCAGGAUCGUGAAGGAUUACGAUGUAUAUGUGCGCAGAAACUUGGCAAGAGGUUACUCCGCCAAGGAACUCAACGUCUCGUUUCUCUCCGAGAAGAAAUUCCGUCUGCAAAACAAGAUGGAUGAGUUGAAGACUCGUGGAAAGCGAGAGUUUACUAAAGUCAAGGUGGACAUCAUUACCAAGUGGGAGGAGAAGUCGCGCGAGUUUAUCGAUGCUUUCCUGCUGCUUUUCGGCAGGGAGCGGCUCAACAGCUUGUGGAACGAGUCCAAGGGAAGGAUCAUCCAGGCCCUCAGUCCGCCGGGCAGUCCGAAUGGCUCCAUCAACGGUGACGAUCCAGAUACAACAGAAGGCGGCGAUUCCGAGGAUGAGUACAUGGAGCUGCCGCCGGAAUAUGGAGCUGGAAAUGUGGGCUCCCGUACCGAAAAACAGAGGAACUCUCAGAAACACUGCCGUGGCCAGAUAAAUUCUUCUUCAAACGCCUACGAUGAAGAUGAGGAUUCUCAGUACAUGCAACGCAGUGAUUGACGGCAGAUUCGGCUAGCCUAUAAAUUUUCCUCUUUAUACCCUCUAAUGUAAAUUAAUUUGUUUUUAAUUUGUUGAAAAAACGUAAUGACACUUAAUUUUUACCCUUCUACGGGGGGUUACACAACAUAUACGCGAAAAACUAUCAUGGGUUAUUUGAAUGUCAUUUUACACGCUUUUCAAUUCUUCAAUUUCUUAACCAACAAAGGAAAGUUUAGUGUUUUGCUUGCUGCCUUUAUUGGAUUACCAUUAAUUAGUUAUGCAUAUGGAUAUUGUGAAUAUAAGUUGGUAUAAAUUAUAGAUUAGCUUAAUGAUUUUUCAAAUCAUCUUCAAUGAAAAAACAAUCGUGUUUUUGUUAUUUGAAAUAACGUUGAAAUAUUCGCAUCAAACAAAAAAUACAAAAUACAAUAAAUCUUCAUAAGUGA